UCCGGUCCCUUUGGAAUUUACUUCAACUGACUUGCAUCAAAUGACAGGCAUUUUUCCAGCUAUCCCUUCAAAGCUAUUUUCCUGGUACCACUUCUCUCAGCAGACUCUUAUCUCCUAGUGAGACUUAAGAUUGAAUUGCAGUGCUGUUGAAUGUCGAACAGCCAUGGCGUUGUAACUACUGCUGUUCCCAUCACUGCAGAAGUUUAAUGUAUGCCUUCGGCAGACUGUGUAAGAACUGAGAUCAGUCACCAUAAACAAAGACUUGAAGGUACCGAUUUUGUCUUUUUAUUUUCAGAGGGUCCAUAUGGAAUAUUUGCUGGCAGAGAUGCCUCCAGGGGACUAGCAACUUUCUGUCUAGAUAAAGAUGCACUCAGAGAUGAAUAUGAUGACCUAUCGGACUUAAAUGCUGUACAGAUGGAAAGUGUCAGAGAGUGGGAAAUGCAAUUUAAAGAAAAAUACGACUACGUAGGUAGACUCCUAAAACCAGGGGAAGAACCAUCAGAAUACACAGAUGAGGAAGAUACCAAGGAUCACACUAAACAGGAAUGAACUUUGUAAACAACCAAAGUCAGGGGCCUUCGGAACUGCAACCUCUUAUUCCCCAUCACAGAAUGUCCUGCAUCUUUGGGUACAGUUCAUCUGCUGCGAAAAACAUCAACAGGUUUUGUACAAGGAAAAUAAUAUACUCACAAAGGAAGAUUUGGAUACUAGACAUUAUUUGUGCUGCCAAACUUUUUGUUGCAGUUUAUUUGUAAUGUCUGGUUAGGCUUCGUUAGUGAAGAGGGGCCAGGGAUUUAAAGACAAAAACGCUAUUCCUUCGUAUCAGUAAGCUGAAGCCUUCUAGUAGUAUAUAUUACAAGCUCUCUAAAAGACGUGAGUCUUCAAGCUCAGUGGAAGGUUUGAAUCUUGUUUUAUGUGUGUCUUCUCCUUCAGCAUUAAAGAAAGACGUACUCAUGUACAUCAGCAUCAGUAGGUUAGACUACUGAAACUGGUGUUAAAAUGUGAAUUUCCAGUUUUGUUUUGUAUGGGCGUUAGUUGCCCUGGCGGAAUACUUCAGUUCUCUAAGAGAAGUCCAUGUAGAUUAGGAUGGGGGUAAAAUUCAUCCUUUUCUCAAAAGGAUUGGGUAAAACUUUUUCCUCUGCAACAGCUAUUACCUGAAGCCUGCCUCUCUCCCCUUUUCCCAUCUUCUAAAUCAAAUCAAAUCAAAUCAAAUAUUAAUUGUGCCUUAUUUCGCUUACAUAGACUUGAAUUGUUUUAAGGAACAGCCCCAAAAUUCUGGUUUCAUAGUCACUACAAGCAGCAUUGAGACUGAAGUUAGAAUGUUCUGUUGACUGGAAAACCUUGAUGUCAUUCUGUGUAUAGAAUGUAAAAGAGGAAUACUCAGUGUUACUGCCAUAUGUUAAUACUACAUAUACUUAAAUUAGCAUUGUGAUGGCCAAACGCGUACUCCCAUGCUUCUUUUUAAGUAAUUACAAACACACAAAAAAGUCACCCUUCCUCCACUUCCAGAAGCUGCCUAACUUUUGGGAGCAUAGCCUUCACACCCCUGUAGACUGAAGGGGCGUGCGCGCGUGUGUAUGUGUGUGUGUCUGUCUGAAUGCAAGACUUGGGAGGGAUUGUUUCUGCAGAUAUUGUAAAUACAAGUACCAUUUUAAUAAAGCAUGUACAAUACCAAA